AUUCAACGUCAACCAGAAGUCAGAAUUGUAGUGAAAGUGGUAGAAAUAACACUAUAUUUGUAUUUCAAUAUUUGAAUUUUAUGAAAAAAUGGAUUAUCAACCUACCAAAGAAGAUAUAGAAGCAGUAUUCAAUAGAUUACGAUCAAUUCCUGCCAAUAAGGCUUGUUUUGACUGUAAUGCCAAAAAUCCAACAUGGGCCAGUGUCACGUAUGGUGUUUUUAUCUGUAUAGAUUGUUCAGCUGUUCACAGGGGGCUGGGGGUACACUUAACGUUCGUUAGAUCUACACAAUUGGAUACUAAUUGGACUUUGUUACAACUAAGACAAAUGCAGUUGGGUGGUAAUAGUAAUGCUUUACAGUUUUUCAGUCAACACAAUUGUAAUACAAAUGAUGCUCAGAAGAAAUAUAAUUCUCGAGCUGCCCAACUUUAUAGAGAAAAACUCAGCCAAGCUGCAGCAAAUUCAUUGAAGACCACUACCCAAUCUACACCAUUGAAAUCCAGUGCAUUCUUCUUAGAGGAAAAUAAACAGCUGCAUGUUCAUCCACAACCUCAACAAAAAUCAGAAGAAAAGGAAGCAGACUUUUUCUCACAACAUGAAAAUUUCAAACAUCAAGAAAGUUCACUUCAAUCACAAUCGAAUGUUGAUCAGUCACAAGUUGAAUAUAUUAAACCAGCAGCACAAUUGAACCCAGGAGAAGGACCAAGUGUUGACUUUUUAAUGGCAAGUAAUACACCAGUCGAACCAAGAAAAUCUGCAAUCACUGCCAGAAAACCUGCUGCCAAAAAGUCUUCGUUAGGCGCAAAGAAAACUGGCUUAGGUGCAACAAAAGUGAAAACAAAUUUUGCUGAAUUAGAAAGAGAAGCUGAAUUGGCUGAAGAACAACGAGCCAAAGCAGCAGAAGAAGCUUUCAAAAUUGCUGCUCUUACAGCAAAAGAACAAGAAGAAAAAGAAGCAACUAUGAGAUUAGUAUACAAGGAUAUUGGUGUUCAGCAGCAAAAGAAGGAAGAACAGUUAAGACGAGAGGACCCUAAGAAAGCUGAACAGCUGGAGAGACUUGGAAUGGGUAUUGGAGCAAGAACUGGUGUGAGUCAUUCAGCAAUCAAUGACAUGCAAACCAUAGAACAAGAAAAUAUACAAUCCACUAGCAGUACAUUAACUUCUCUAGGCAAAUUACGAUUAGUUGAUAAUGAUAAUUUCAUGGAAGAUUAUUUAUAUGGAAAUGGAUUAAAUAUGAAUAGGAAUUCGAAUAGUUACGGAAUCUUAGUUUCAUCUCAGUUCGAUUUGGAUGAAAGGACAAAGAGUAAAAACAAUAAGGAUAGUUGGGUUAUAAUUGACGAUCCACCAGAGAAGCCUAAACCAAGUUCUUAUGAGAAUGAUAGGGAUCGUGACCGCAUUCUUGACAAACCCACUAGUCACAUAGCUACAUCUAGUAGUAGUAGUGACGAAGCUCAAAAGAAAUUUGGUAAUGCCAAAGCAAUAUCGUCCGACCAAUUUUUUAAUGACAAUUCCUCAGAAUAUGAAGCAAAGGCGAAUCUAAGCAGAUUUCAAGGUUCCUCCAGUAUAUCUUCUGCAGAGUUUUUUGGAAAUGGAAAAGAUAAUACUCACCCUAGUAGUCAUGUUCAGAUGUAUGAUAUAGAUGAUGUUAAAGAAAGUGUCCGACAAGGUGUAACAAAAGUCGCUGGAAAAUUAGGAUCUAUGGCGAAUGAUUUGAUGUCUUCAUUGCAGGUAAAUAAAUUGUGUCUUUGAUUGUUUGCAGCUUUUUUCACCUGAUAUAAGCAAUAUUUAUGAGAAAUUGGGCUUCAACAAACCAGGAUUGAUCCAACUAUUUAUCUAAAAUUUAAUUCUGGUUAUUUGACUGGGAAAUGAUAUGCUGAUAGAUAAGAAAUGUUUUAAACAGAACAAUAUAAAACAGUCGUAGAAUAAGAGGAUUCAAUUCAAUUUCAUGUAUUUUGUACACGCUAUUAAUGGGUAUUUGGUCAACUCAUUACCUAGUUGUAUCUAGUUUGUUGUUUCCCCAUUUGGCCGUGACAAUGUUUAUUUAUUUAUUUACACCACUAUACAGCCCGAGGACCAAUUAAAAGGUGGGAAAGACACAUAUAUAAUUACAGUUGUAAAUUACACAAUGGUACAUUUAGAUGAAGUGUAAAUAACAUAAACACAAAAAUACGAAAAAAGUAAGUACUUCUAGAAUUCCAUGAUAAAUCUGUCAAAUAUGAAUAAUGAGAAAGUUAGAGAACAGUAGAAAUUUUCUUUUUUUGUGUUAGAAAUAGUGCUGCAAAACAUAUCCAGAUAGUUCUGCAUAUGACAGUGAUAUUGAUUCAUUCGAUAUAAAGGAGAAAAUUUGAGAACUUUAGUUCUAGCAACUGGAAACUGGAAUAAAGAGUGUGACUGGGUGGUAACUCGAGGAGUAUGUAUUCUUGAAAGACCUAGCAAUUCUUGACAGUCAAUUUUAUUCGUCACAAUUUUGUGAAGGAAUAUCAAGGAAGAGCACAUGCAUCUAGUCCCUAGAUCUUUUAAUUUAAUGCGUUGUAACAGUGUGUUUUGAGAUAUUCCUUGAUAGUCUUUCCAUAUUCAAGAGUAAAUAGAUGAUUGAUAAAUAAAACGUCGUAAAGUGCCAUUUAUAUUAAUGGUCUUCACUUUCAUUGCCUGUACUACCUAAUAUAUGAAAAAUUUCAUAUACUAAUUUAUAACAAUCUAUAAAAGAAUUGAAUUUGCAAAAGAGAAUGUUCACAAACAACAUUGGCUACAAAUAGCAUUCCGGAUCUCAUCUGGAUUCCAAUAAAGCAUCACAUAAAAAUAUCAGUUCUAUUUAAUGAGAUUUCAAAUUCAUAUAUAUAAUUUUUCAUUUACAGGAACGUUAUGGUUACUAGCAUUUCAUAGAUGAAGAACUGGAGAGAUUGGCACAUUUGCAUACUUCGUAAAUUUGUUCAAAAAUCGUUUUUUGAUAAAUUUAUUAAGAUUAAAUGUGCCUUAAUGAUACAUAUAAUUUAUAUAUAGUAGUGAAAAAAAUUUCUAAAAAAUAUUGGAACACAAUUGUCGGUUUUGAUAUAAUCAUUGGAAGUUUAUAUAUCAAAAACAAUACUUACCUUCCUUUAAAACACUUUGUAUCAUAAGUAUCCACUAAAUUUCUUCAUUCAACCCCUAUUAUUUUUAUUUAGAGAUGCUAUUUUCUUUCAUACAAAUACGCUUCUCGUACGAUAUCUUUGAAAUUUUAGGAUUUCUUUGCACUUCAAACCUUAAAAAUAAUAUUUAUUGCAUACAUAACAACAUUCUAUUUUACAUAAAGAAAGUAUUUAAUGAUAGAAUUUAAUUCACCUAAUUUUACAACGAAGCCAUUGAAUAACAACGCUCAAUUAUUGGAAAACACAUUUAUAAGAUAAACAUUUAUAGUUAUAAAUUGUUACUAUAAACAAAUUGUGCACAUAUUACUAAUGUUUUCACUAAGUAAUUAUUGCAAUUUAGUAUUAUAAUAACAUUUAAAGAUAUUUUUAAAUCGGUGUUCACUGUUAUUGUCAAUAUUUUACUUAAUCAUAUUGUUGGCAGGGUGUUCUACAAUGAGCUAAGGCGAGAUGUUUAUCAAAAAUGACUGCCAAUAUUUUUCUGAAAAUUUAUGUAUGAGCAUGUUUCAGAUACGAUAUUUUCAGUUGUCCACAACCUCUGGUACUGGGAGCAGAACUUUUUUUUGUGUAUACUUUUAUUUUUAGUUGCAAUUUAGAAAUCUAUGAUGAAUUUUAAUAUCUUAAUAAAAACAUCUCCAUAAGGUUACAUUUUCAUUCAUUUUUUAUAAAAUUUGACAGAUCAAAAAAAUGUUAAAAACGACAGUCAGAUGAAAAGUAUUAGAAUUUACAUGAAUAACACCUAAAUUUCCUAAAUCUUUUCUAAAAAAAUAGAACUGAGUGUUUAGAAAUUGUAGAAUUAUGUCAGAGAAUUCUGCACUUAUAAACAGGGGAAUUUAUGUUUGCCAUCCAGUGUCUAAAGUAUAAAACGGAUUAUUUGAAACUUAUUAGGUAUCUAAAUUAUCUUUUUUGGAAUAAUCGACAAGAAACAAAUGCAGAAUGUCUACAAAUAAUAUUUAUGGAAAAUUUGAAAUGGUGAUUGAAGGACGACGCGAAAUCUCUGAUAUUUGUAUAGAGCUAAGCACACUCGUGACAUCAUAACGUAGAUCAUUCACAAACAAUAUUAAAGAACAGUUUGUUAAAAAGCAAUAUGAAAAUAUUUUACAAGUCCACUUAGCUCAUUACGGUAGACCCUGUAAAUCAUGCACAUUUGAUAACAAAAAAUACAAAAUUUCGAGUCUUAUCAAACUCAUAACCCCUUAAUUUACAUGUCAAAUAUUAGAAAAAUCUUUUAUGCCCACUUGCACUGAAAUCUCUAAUUCACUGUUUAAAAUAAGGAUGUUAAAGUUAAGACAGCGGCUUAAAUCAUAAUCGUUUCCACCGUAAUUUAUGCGACUCAGGUUAUGUCACCGAUUUUGGGAAAUUUUUUUAAAAAUUAAAUGAAUUGACACAAACACCUAUCUUCAAAUCAUACAUUUUGAGGUUAUAUAAGCAGUUUUUUUCUAUUUUAAAAGUUUUUUGUGAAAUUCACUUAAUACAAUUAAUGCAAAACGCAUAAGAUCAUCAAAGCAUCAUGUAUUAAAAUAUAAUAAGAAAGUUAAUCUACAGUUACUGGAAGAAGUCACAUUGAUAUGAAUCUAUUCUCAAUUUUCUCCAAAACGUUAAUAACUGUUGGUUUUUAAGGUCUCAAUGUUAUAAAAAAGGUCCGCUUUAUUAUAACAUCUACAAUAUCUAGAAAAUCAAGAUCAUCUUCAUAUAUGUCUUCUACAGCUUUUACUGCUGCUAUUUUUUGAAUUCUUUUAACACGGAAAACCAAAAGAAUAUAUUUUUACUUAUGAGAGCAGAGACAAUAAUAUUGUAUAAUACCUAUAGCGAAUAAUUAUUGUUUCUGCUGUGAAUUACCUGAAUUAUAGGUUAUAAACUGUUAAAUUAAAGAUGAAAUCAGUUUAAGCCCCCGAUUUCGGGGGUUUAAUUUAAUGAUAGAUUAAAGACUUUAAACUUGGCUUAAUACACAGUGCAAUUCAAAAAACAGAAUUAAGCCAGUGUUAACAUUUAAACUAUUUUUAACCUUACGGUGCAAGUAGCCAUUAGUCUUUUAUUACUACUUGAAAUUUCUACCAUAAUUAAAUUGAAACUGAAUUGCUGUUCCAAAAAGAAUGCCGUUAGGAUUAUUGUUGUAAAUAGUAAACAUAGAUUCUUAUUAUUUUCUUUACAGUUGGUAUACUAUAAAAAAAUUAUCUUUACAUGUCAGGUUUUUUAUUUAAGUUUAUAUGUUGUAUACUAUGAUUUUAGUUGCUGAAUAAAUGCGUUUAUUAAU